GAAUCUCUAGACCAUAAUCAUCAGCCUUUUGUUAUUAGUUUUUUUUUUAAACUUUAUUAUACUAUUGAAUAAUGACUAGUGAAGUCGUUAGAUUACUGCUCGUUGCCGCUGAAGUAAAUAAGUUAACGUGAGAAGGCGUUCUUACUUACCAGAAAAUUUGUAGAGCAGUACUUAAAAAAAAAGUGAAAAGGUCACACAUGAAGUACACGAAAUAUGGAAAAACUGUUACCAAACCACUCUUGUUAUACAGCAAAUUUAUGUUAACAGGUUUUUGUAUUAACUGCCCUUAACUAUGCCAUUAUUUCCUACCAACUGCCAAUAAAUUCUCUAACCCAAUUUCUACUUGGGUUAGCUCAACAAUGUGCACAAAUAUGUUAAAAACACAUAAUAACAUAAAAGUUAAAAGUCUCAAAAGUCAGGGAAGCAGAUAGAAUCCAACACUCGAAAGUUAUCAGCAAGACAUUAUUCAGUGGUGCAAUGAGAAGGUUUCUGAACACUAAUACUAACCAUUUUGUUGAGAAUGGUGGGACGUUCAAGGAUUAACCUCCAAAGGUUGUCUUUCAGAUCCAAGCCAGAUCACGAGAAGAGGAGUAUCAUCGUUGGCUUGAAGUCUGAUAAUUACAGUAGAGAGAUAUUACUUCGGUUACUAACUGUGGUUGUUAAGCCAGAGGAUAGUGUUUUGGCCAUUCAUGUUCAAGACUCAGAUGAUUCUUUUGAUCCAAACACUUUUCACAUCCAUGAAGAUCUAUGCAAGACCAAGCAGGUUGACUUCCAAGUCAAGGUUUGCAUAGGCGAUUCAUACAUUUCUGUAUUAACCCACCAAGUAAGGCUCACUUACGCCACAAUUCUUGCCCUUGGAUCCAGCAUUUCAGGGCCUAAUGUUUCAGCUCUAAACUAUUGCCUGAAAGCAUUGCCACCAACAUGUACUCUCUUGGUAAUAAACAAUGUAGGAAGAAUCCUACUCCAGAGACCUGGAACAUCCCAACAAGGCUCUCGAAGGGUGCAGCUCCGGCAAUCCUUGUCAUCACCUAGCCACACAGGUAGAACUCAGUCCUCAAUGGUCUCUGACCGUCGCUUACAGAAGUCCUUGACGGCCCCAUCUCCCUCCACAACGACACCAUUUUUGUUACAACAAAGCAAAAGACUAGCUGGAGCACUAUGCAAUAGUGAUGUCAAGACACCGGAUCCUGUUCCCAACUUAAUGGCUCAGAAGCUUUUUCAGAGACUAUCCAUACUCGAGGGAGAGGGUUGCAGCAAGCAUUUCUCAUUAAGCGAUCUUCGUUGGGCUACCAACAAUUUCAACCCCAUAAUGUUGAUUGGAGAAGGUGGUCAAAGCAGAGUUUACAAAGCCAUUUUUGAAGAUGGUCAAACUGCUGCGGUUAAAGUCCUCAAAACGACGACAUGGGCAGCUGAGGAUCUUCUCCGAGAGAUUGAUUUGUUGUCGAGAUUGAAGCAUGAGAACAUAGUUGAGAUAAUUGGGUACUGUGAUUGUGGGGAGUUGCAGGCCCUUGUGUACCAACUCUUGAGAGGAAGCUUGAAACAGAAUUUGAGAAUGUUGGAUUGGAGUCAGAGGAUGAGUGUGGCAGUUGGUGUAGCUAAGGCUCUUAACUAUCUUCAUCAUUCUUGUGACCCUCCCAUCAUUCAUAGAGAUGUUAAGUCUUCUAAUAUCCUCCUCACUGAUGAUUUUGAGCCUCAACUCUCAGAUUUCGGAUCCGCAAUGAUACUUCGUCAUUCUCAUCAAACUUCAUCAAAUGCAAAGCCAGUGUCCGUGGUUGGAACCUUUGGAUACUUGGCCCCAGAGUACAUGAUGUAUGGCAAGGUUGACGAAAAGAUAGAUGUGUACUCAUAUGGAGUUGUGCUCCUUGAACUCAUCACUGGCAAAGAAGCUAUUAAAACAGACAGGGCAACUCAUGAAAGCUUAGUCCUUUGGGCAAGGUCCUUACUCAGCUAUGGCCUUUGUGAUCGUUUAAUUGAUCCUUAUCUACAUGAUGACUACAACAAGGAAGAAAUGAAACUAAUGGUGGUCGCAGCACGCCUAUGCCUUAUGCAUUCAUCCUCUAGAAGGCCUACUAUGAAAACAAUACUACGAUUAUUUGAGGAGCCAGAGUACUGGAUAAGUAUGCAGAGGGAAAGGGACGAGUUCUUGAAUGGUAUUAGUUCCAAGUGUGAAAUAGACCUUUGGAAAAGGGAUGACUCUGUUACUAGUGAUACCGAAGAUGACUAGACAUGUUUGAAAUACUUUUUAGUCAUCUAUAGAAAUGAUUUGAAGAAAAAAGAAAUAAAGUACUAACAGAAACAUUAGACCAUUAACCAAUAUUAGAAAAAUGGUCUGAAACUAAUUGUUUUUGCACUGGAAUGGUAUUAGAGUUAGUAAGCUCCUAAGAAGAAAGGACAUUGUAUGUACAUGGAAUCUAGACUUAGCUUAAGUAAAAAAUCCCAAGUGUUUUUGU